AAUAUUAAAUUAUUAUUAUUACCGUUGCAUUUUUUUUUUUUUUUUUUUGAUUUUUAUUACCGUUGUUGUCACCCGCGAAGUUUCUCUUUCCUUUCAAUAAGGUUAGGUGUCUCUUUCUUACGGCACCCCUCUUUCUCUCUCCUCUUUCUCUCUCUAGAUCAUCUGAUUUACCUUUCCAUACACAGUCAACAUAAAUUACUGAUAUUUCUUCUACAAGCUUCUCUCUGUUUAAGCAGAGAAAACCCCUGUUUUUUGCUUUUCAAGAAACUUCACUCUGCUUUUUUUUUUGGUGAUUUCUCAUAUGAAAUUUGUGUGGUUUCUUAAUACUUUAGGGUUUUCCACUCUCGGAGCAGAGAAUUAUUUUCGGACAUGAGUCCGCUGUUUCAUCGAAAACCCGAACAAGGGAUUCUUGAUGCAACCCAAUUAGCCCGCUUAACGGCAAAUUAAAGUGGAUUGAAGUUUAGUUUGUGGGUUUAGGGUUAGUUAAUAAUUAAUAUGGCUUAUCAAAGAAGGGAGUCGAAUAAUAAUAUGCAGCCGCAGAGGCGGAUUCUGAGAACUCAGACAGUCGGGAAUUUAGGGGAAUCAAUGAUGGAUAGUGAGGUGGUCCCCUCUUCUCUAGUUGAGAUUGCCCCGAUUCUUCGUGUGGCAAACGAGGUCGAGCCUAUCAAUCCUCGUGUCGCUUACCUUUGUCGAUUCUACGCCUUCGAAAAAGCUCACCGUCUCGAUCCAACGUCUAGUGGACGAGGAGUUCGCCAGUUCAAAACUGCCCUUCUUCAGCGCCUCGAACGGGAAAACGAGACGACAUCGACGGCAAAAAGAGGAAGCGAUGCGCGUGAAAUGAAGAGCUUCUAUCAGCAUUACUACAGGAAGUAUAUCGAGGCUUUGCAAAAUGCAGCCGAUAAAGCAGACCGUGCUCGACUUACGAAAGCUUAUCAAACAGCCGCCGUGCUGUUUGAGGUCCUAAAGGCCGUUAAUUUAACAGAAGCUGUAGAAGUUGACGACGAGAUUCUUGAAAAACACACCAAGGUAACGGAAAAGACUCAGAUAUACGUGCCGUAUAAUAUACUUCCGCUCGACCCCGAGAGUUCACAUCAACCAAUCAUGAGAUACCCGGAGAUUCAAGCUUCGGUUAUUGCGCUUCGUAACACGAGAGGUCUACCAUGGCCAAAGGGCCACAAGAAGAAAGUGGACGAAGAUAUUCUCGACUGGCUUAAGGCUAUGUUUGGUUUUCAGAAAGACAGUGUGGCGAACCAAAGAGAACAUCUGAUUUUAUUGCUAGCCAAUGUACACAUUAGGCAACCGAAUCCCGAUCAGCAACCCAAGUUGGACGAUCGGGCACUUACGGAAGUCAUGACGAAACUUUUCAAAAACUACAAGAAGUGGUGCAAGUAUCUUGGUCGAAAGAGUAGCUUAUGGUUACCGACCAUACAACAGGAAGUUCAACAAAGAAAAUUACUAUACAUGGGACUGUAUCUUCUUAUAUGGGGAGAAGCUGCAAACUUGCGAUUUAUGCCGGAAUGUCUCUGCUAUAUAUAUCAUCACAUGGCAUUCGAGCUGUACGGCAUGCUAGCUGGAAGUGUUAGUCCCAUGACGGGUGAAAACAUCAAACCAGCCUACGGCGGUGAAGAAGAGGUUUUCUUGAGGAAAAUAGUUACUCCGAUUUACAACGUGAUCGCUACGGAAGCUAGGCAUAGCAAAGGCGGGAAAUCUAAGCACUCCGAGUGGAGAAACUACGAUGAUUUGAACGAAUACUUCUGGUCGGUUAAUUGUUUCAAACUAGGUUGGCCGAUGCGCGACGAAGCCGACUUUUUCUGCCUUCCCGUAGAAGAGAUACGUGCAGACAGAACCGAGGGCAGUGAAACUGUGAAAGGAGAUCGAUGGAUCGGAAAAAUCAAUUUCGUCGAGACACGUUCGUUUUGGCACAUAUUUAGGAGUAACGACAGAAUGUGGAGCUUCUUCAUUUUGUGCCUACAGGCAAUGAUCAUAAUUGCUUGGAAUGGCUCCGGUGAUUUAAGCGGUAUAAUCGACGGAGACGUAUUCCAGAAAGUAUCGAGCAUUUUCAUCACAGCAGCCAUACUAAAAUUCGCACAAGCGGUUCUCGAUAUUGUGAUGAGCUGGAAAGCAAGAAAGAGCAUGUCGUCGCACGUACAGCUCCGAUACUUACUAAAGUUCAUCUCCGUUUCUGCAUGGGUGAUUGUAUUGCCGGUGACUUACGCGUACAGUUGGAAAAAUCCUUCGGGAUUUGCGCAAACAAUUAAGAACUGGUUUGGCAAUAGCAAAGGGUCGCCUUCUUUAUUUAUAAUUGCGGUCUUGAUUUACUUAUCUCCAAACAUGCUCUCCGCCGUGUUGUUUUUGUUCCCGCUUAUUCGGAGGUCUCUCGAGCGAUCGGACUACAGAAUUGUGAGGUUUAUGAUGUGGUGGUCCCAGCCUCGGCUAUAUGUUGGGAGGGGGAUGCAAGAGAGCGCGUUUUCUGUUUUCAAGUACACGAUGUACUGGGUUCUUCUCCUUACGGCAAAGUUGGCAUUUAGCUUUUAUAUAGAGAUAAAGCCUCUAGUUGGUCCGACGAAAGAAAUCAUGCAGGUUCAUAUAUCAACUUACCAGUGGCACGAGUUCUUCCCUCAAGCGAAAAACAACAUUGGAGUAAUAAUUGCACUCUGGUCUCCGAUAAUCAUCGUAUAUUUCAUGGACACUCAGAUUUGGUAUGCUAUUUUCUCCACUAUAUUUGGAGGUAUAUACGGAGCAUUUCGUCGUCUUGGAGAGAUUCGAACGUUGGGAAUGCUAAGGUCUCGUUUUCAGUCAUUGCCCGGCGCUUUCAACGCCUGCUUAAUUCCAGCAGAAAAAGUAGAAAAACCCAAGGGGCUUAAAGCUACAUUUUCCCGAAAAUUCGCAGAGAUUAAAUCUAAUAAGGACAAGGAGGCAGCAAAAUUUUCUCAAAUGUGGAACAAAAUCAUCGAAAGUUUCCGAGAGGAGGAUCUAAUUAAUUACAGGGAAAUGAACCUAUUACUCGUGCCGUAUCGAGCUGACCGUGAAUUGGACCUUAUCCAAUGGCCUCCGUUUUUACUAGCUAGCAAGCUUCCGAUAGCACUGGACAUGGCGAAAGAUAGCAACGGGAGGGAUACAGAGCUGAACAAGAGAUUGAACGCCGACAUAUAUAUGGGCUGCGCGAUUCGCGAGUGCUACGCUUUGUGUAAAAACAUCAUCAACUUCUUGGUUCUCGGAGAACGUGAAGAGCUUGUGAUAAACGAGAUCUUUUCGAAAGUUGAUCAUCACAUAGAGCAGGGUGAUCUGUUGGUUGAAUUUAAUAUGAGCGCUCUGCCUAGCCUGUACGUGCAGUUUGUGCAGCUGAUCGAGUAUCUGAUGGAAAAUAAAAAAGAGGACAAGGAUAAAGUUGUAAUUGUCUUGCUUAACAUGCUCGAGGUUGUCACCAGAGACAUAUUGGACGACACCGUUCCUAGUUUGCAAGAGUCGAGCCACGGUGGGUCGUACGGAAUGCAUCAAGGCAUGAUGCCUCUCGAUCAACAGUAUCAGUACUUCGGGACACUUCAUUUUCCCAUAACCGAAGAAACAGAGGCGUGGAAAGAGAAGAUUAGACGGCUUCAUCUGUUGCUUACAGUGAAGGAAUCUGCUAUGGAUGUUCCGUCGAAUUUAGAAGCGAGGAGACGAAUGUCAUUUUUCUCGAAUUCAUUGUUCAUGGACAUGCCUGUAGCUCCCAAAGUUCGCAAUAUGAUCUCCUUUUCCAUCUUAACUCCUUACUAUGACGAAGAGGUACUCUUCUCGAUUGAUUUGCUCGAACAGCCGAACGAAGACGGUGUUUCCAUAUUAUUCUAUCUACAAAAGAUUUUCCCAGAUGAAUGGGAGAACUUUCUCGAACGGGUCGGUUGCAGUAGUGAAGAGGAUCUCAAGGGAAAUACGAGAUUAGAAGAGGAGCUACGUUUAUGGGCGUCCUAUAGAGGACAAACAUUGACCAAAACCGUACGUGGCAUGAUGUACAAUCGUCAAGCUUUGGAGCUUCAGGCUUUUCUCGAUAUGGCAAAGGAAGAAGAUUUAAUGAAAGGCUACAAGGCUGCUGCCGAAAUGAAUACCGACGAACAAGUGAAAAUUGAGGGUUCGUUAUUAACACAAUGUCAAGCUGUGGCAGAUAUGAAAUUUACGUACGUGGUAUCUUGCCAACAAUACGGAAUCCAGAAAAGAUCCGGCGAUCGCCGUGCCACCGAUAUUUUGAGACUCAUGACGAAGUAUCCAUCUGUUCGAGUAGCUUAUGUUGACGAGGUUGAAGAAGUCGAAGAAAGAGGUAGAGAUAAAAAUCGAGAUACAGCCGUUAAAAAAGUUGAGAAAGUGUAUUAUUCAGCCCUCGUAAAGGCCGCGCCGAAAUCGGUUGACUCGUCCGAGCCAGAUCAGAAGUUAGAUCAGGUUAUUUAUCGGAUAAAACUUCCCGGGCCCGCCAUAUUAGGCGAGGGAAAACCGGAGAAUCAAAACCACGCCAUAAUCUUUACCCGUGGUGAAGGCUUGCAAACAAUUGAUAUGAACCAGGACAACUAUAUGGAAGAAGCCUUCAAAAUGAGAAACUUGUUGCAAGAGUUUCUUAAAAAGCACGGUGUGAGGAAACCGACUAUUCUCGGACUUAGAGAGCACAUAUUUACCGGAAGUGUCUCUUCGCUCGCCUGGUUUAUGUCGAAUCAAGAGAAUAGUUUCGUGACGAUUGGCCAAAGGUUGCUGGCGAAUCCGUUGAAGGUUCGAUUCCAUUAUGGCCACCCUGAUGUAUUCGACCGACUAUUUCACCUGACAAGAGGCGGCGUCAGCAAAGCGUCUAAAAUCAUCAACUUAAGCGAGGACAUCUUUGCAGGUUUCAAUUCCACACUUCGUGGAGGCAAUGUGACACAUCACGAAUACAUACAAGUGGGCAAAGGAAGAGACGUAGGUCUCAACCAAAUCUCGCUCUUCGAGGCGAAGAUCGGCUGCGGUAACGGCGAACAAGCCUUGAGCCGCGAUAUUUACCGUUUAGGGCAUCGCUUCGACUUCUUCCGCAUGUUGUCGUGUUACUUCACUACAGUGGGAUUCUACUUCAGCACUUUGCUAACUGUGCUAACGGUGUACGUAUUUCUCUACGGCCGUCUCUACCUCGUACUAAGCGGGCUCGAAGAAGGGUUAAACAGUCAUCCCGCAAUACGAGACAACAAGCCUCUUCAAGUAGCUCUCGCCUCUCAAUCCUUCGUCCAAAUAGGGCUACUAAUGGCGUUGCCUAUGAUGAUGGAGAUCGGUCUCGAACGAGGCUUCCGUAACGCGUUAACCGAUUUCGUACUAAUGCAGCUCCAGCUCGCUCCCGUAUUCUUCACGUUCUCUCUCGGAACAAGAACGCAUUAUUUCGGACGAACCCUGCUUCACGGCGGCGCUCGAUAUAGAGGCACGGGGCGCGGGUUCGUCGUGUUCCACGCAAAAUUCGCCGAUAAUUACCGAUUAUAUUCUCGGAGCCAUUUCGUGAAGGGGAUCGAGCUGAUGAUUUUGCUUCUCGUUUAUCAUAUAUUCGGACACGCGUACAGAGGUGUUCUUGCAUACGUGUUUAUUACUGUGUCGAUAUGGUUUCUUGUGGGCACGUGGCUUUUCGCCCCGUUUUUCUUCAAUCCGUCGGGGUACGAGUGGCAGAAGAUAUUGGAUGAUUGGACGGAUUGGAACAAGUGGAUGAAUAAUCGAGGAGGAAUCGGUGUGCCACCGGAAAAGAGUUGGGAAUCUUGGUGGGAGAAAGAACAAGAGCAUUUAUCGCAUUCUGGUACACGUGGCAUUAUUUUCGAGAUGUUGCUGUCUGUGCGGUUUUUUAUAUAUCAGUUCGGGCUGGUUUAUCACCUUAGCUUUAUCAAUAAAAACAAGAGCUUUUUGGUGUAUGGUAUUUCGUGGUUAGUGAUCUUUGCAGUCCUGCUACUUAUGAAGGUGAUUUCUGCUGGAAGGAGGCAAUUCAGUGCUGAUUUCCAGAUCGUGUUUCGAUUCAUCGAGGUCCUUAUUUUUCUCUCGUUUGUUUCGAUUCUGAUCACCCUAAUAGUUCUUCUCAACAUGACAUUUCUCGAUGUCAUUGUCGCCAUACUCGCUUUCAUGCCAACCGGAUGGGGAAUGCUUUUGAUGGCACAAGCAUUGAAGCCUCUAGUAGUUCGGGCCGGAAUAUGGGGGUCGGUUCGGGCCCUUGCACGAGGCUAUGAGUUUAUAAUCGGGAUGUUGUUGUUCAUUCCGGUGGCUUUCUUGGCUUGGUUCCCUUUUGUUUCGGAGUUCCAAACUCGAAUGUUGUUUAAUCAAGCUUUUAGCAGAGGUUUGCAAAUAUCUCGUAUUCUUGGUGGGCCCAAGAAGGAUCGUUCGUCCAGCAACAAAGAGUAGUAGAGGGCGAGUUCGAUGAAUAAUACUUUUAUGCUGCUUAAUGAUGUUUACUGUAUAUGUGUGUAUAUAAGUUAAUUGACUGUUGUGUAGUUUGCAUAUGUCAUGAAUAGUAUAUAUAU